AUGACGACAACUGUGAUGCCUGUGCUCCAGGAAACUUGUGCGUCGCUGUUUCAACAUCUCAAUGAGACAUUUCGUACUGGGUUGGAGCAGUACAUGGAGCAGGUGCAGACUCUCUGUGCCAGUACUCUCAAGACGACUGGUGCUACAGUUGAAAGUAGCAUGACGACAGGUGGCAAUUCGGGCCACGCUGACAGGUCUACCCUGAUCAGUCUUAUCGAAAAUAACCUCUUCGCUGCCGCAUUUGAAAAGGCACUUACUCAAAAAGAUUUUGGGGCGCUGAUGUUCGUUUGCAAUAAUGUCGAUCCGGAAAUAAUCGGAAACGAUGAGCAGCCUUUGCCACAAAACAUUAUUCUCUGUCUAUUGAACCAACUAGGAGCGAAAUUGGACGGAGAAACGGAUCUCAAAUUUAGGCGAGUUGACACUAAGGUUUUUAUCCAGUACAUUGAGAAUGCUCUAAUGGCUUUGCAAGUGAAGGAUCCUACAGUUGCAGGCAGUUACCGGCAUGUGCUAAAUCGUUUGCAGACAUUUUUGACAGCUUACAUGGCAGAGGAAGAAAAUGCAGGUCUGAAGCGUCGUGCUCGGAUUAUCUCGCAGCUUGCUGCAAACAUGCUGAAGUGA